AGAGAAAAGGGCCUGGCUGCUAGGGAGCUGAACAGGGUACUGGGAGUCGAGCAGGGCUGCGGGAAGGCUAGAGGUUUUGGGGAGCUCCAGCUGGGAAAAAACCCAGGCUGUGUGCCUAGCUGAGGGCCUAAGACCAAUACUGGGACUGCAGAGGGGCAGCCCAGCUAUAGAGAGAGGCAGCAGGUCCAACCCAACCUUGCCUGUGGUGAGCGGCAUAUACUGCAGUCUGCCCUAGGGAGUGGGGCUAGAUGGUGACUGGCAGUGGUCUGAGAAUGUACCUGAGACAGGAAACAUCCAACCAAACCAUCCUGACUGAGUUCCUUCUCCUGGGUUUCUCCGACAUCCGAGAGUUGCAAAUUUUACAUUUUGUGGUGUUUCUAGUGAUUUAUCUGACAGCUCUGAUUGGGAAUCUCCUCAUCCUCAUAGCUGUAGCUGUGGACCGCCACCUGCACACCCCCAUGUACUUCUUCUUGGGCAACUUAUCCUUCCUAGACCUCUGCUACAUCUCCGUCACUGUCCCCAAGUCCAUGGCCAAUUCCCUAACCAAUGACAGACACAUCUCUUUCUCCGGAUGUGUUGCCCAAGUCUUCUUGGUGGUCACCUUUGUUAUUACUGAGAUGACCCUGCUUGUGAUCAUGGCAUACGACCGGUACGUUGCAAUCUGCCAUCCUCUUCAUUACAGAGUCAUCAUGAAUACAGGCACCUGUGCCCAGAUGGCAGCUGGUUCUUGGAUUGGCAGUGCGAUCUAUGCAGCCUUUCACACUGGUAACACCUUUAGGUUGCCCUUUUGCCAGUCCAAUGCAAUUGGUCAGUUCUUCUGCGAUAUCCCACAAUUACUGAAGAUCUCUUGCGCUGAUACUCACCCUAAUGAAACUUUGCUUCUUGCCUGUGUUAUAUUCUUGUGUUUCAUUUGCUUUGGUUUAAUUAUCGUGUCUUACACUCACAUCUUCUCCACUGUGCUAAUGAUCCCUUCAGUGCAGGGUAAGUCUAAAGCCUUCUCAACCUGUCUGCCCCACAUGAUUGUAGUUGGUUUGUUUCUUAGCACUGGAAUGUUUACAUACAUGAAACCAAACUCAGGGUCUUCUACAUACUAUGACCUGCUCGCUGCUGUUCUCUAUACCGUGCUUCCUCCAGCCAUGAACCCUCUCAUCUACAGCCUGAGAAACAAGGAAAUUAAAGAGGCUCUAAGGAAAAUAGGAGACAUGAAGAAAAGAUUAGUUUUAGUAACUCUCGGGAACUAAGCCCAUAUUAGUUUGAGGAGCCACAGGUUCAGAAGAAAGAUUUAGCGAACAGUGUAAGAAUAACCAGCAGUUAGCUGGUAUUUGCCUGUAAACUUUGGGAGAGCGCAAAUGGAAGAGUUAAAAGUAGAGUUACAUUCCCAGAUAAUGAUUCAGAGAGAGACUCUAUAAUCUCUUGUAUGACAACAUGGGAAGACAGGGGAUCUCUACAAUGUGGAGCACAGUGAGUCCACAACUGAGGUUGUCUUUAUAGAAAAUACUGUCAAAUUCCUGGACUGCCUGGGCUAGUUCUGACCUUUCCCCCACCGUGAGGUCUUGAAAUUGAAU